AUGGGUCGGACAGAAGUGGUUGGAGACAUCAUUAAACGUGGUACGGAGUUGGCUCUUCAGUUCAUGAAGGAAUCCAAAACUGUUAAAGUACCGCCUGAGAAAGAGGAAGAAGUAGCACGUCAGCUCUCCAUAUCAACUGUGAUAUUCAAUGAUUUGAAGAGGGCGAAGUUAGCUGAAUACGAGUUUUCGUUCAAGAACGCGUUUGAUCUUAAUCACAACAACGCGCUGUUGCUACAACGAACAACGCCGAGCUUUUACCCUUUGUUGGACAGGUGCGACUCAAUUCCCUUGGAGACACCGGAAUUUGGGAAAUUAGUCAACCAGAUUGAAAAGUUCCCAGAUGUGAUUACCGGUAGCGCUGAGAACUUUGAACCUUGUCAGUUAGUUGUGUAUCUCAUCGAACUAUGUCACCACAUCGGAAGUGUUACAUCUCAAGCGAAGGUUAAAGGACAGCCAUUAGACGUACGUGCAUUUUUGCUUACCUUUAUCUCACUGAUUCCGUGCUUCAGGGAGGUCCUGAGGUAG